CCUCACAGAUAAACAAACCCCCUCUGGCAUGGCUCUGUGGACCUUUAACUACUAACGUGACCAGUCUCAGUGUUGUUAGACAGCUUAUUUUUAUGCCGACAAAAGCACCUUAGUUGGACUCCAUUGAUGAAAAGUUGAAAUAUAAGAGUUAAAUCCGCUGAGAGUGACCUGCUGUGAUAAUUGCAUGCUGCAUGUCUGAUAACCACCCAUCACCCACCUGCACUUCCUCUCAGUUCUGAUGCAUGGCCCCCUUCGUUAGAAAUGAAUGCCUCUCACCGUUCCUUGCAUGUUGUGCUGUGAGCGUGGCAUCAUGAGGGAAGACAGUGAUAACCGUCUGGCGCUGUCAUCCAAGAAACCAUGCCAGGGCCAGACGGACUAUGGGCAAGAGCUGCAGAGGCUGCGGGCUGAUUGGGAAGCAGAGAAGAGGCGAACGCAGCGGGCCCGUGGCCACCUUUCUGUGGAGCUGAGGCACCUGCGGGAAGAAGCGGAGAGGGAACAGCAGAGGGCUGUGAGGGAGCAGGCGGCCAGGCGAGAGUGCCAAAAGGACAGGCACUCUGACAGAUACCGGUGUCUGCUUGCUAAGGAGGUGAAAACUGAAGACAGUGGACGCAAAAGUGAGUCCAGAGAAAAAGAGACUUCUUGUUUGUGCAGUGGAGAAACGUAUACAAAGCUUGAGCAAUUGCUGCUGACGCUGUAUGAGAAGAUAGAUGGUGAACAGGCAGUCUAUAAAUUGCAUCACAGGCAGGAAUUAGACCUAGAAAAGGCCUUCUUCCUCUGCCACCUGCUAGAAGCCCAUGGAAGACUGUUGCGGGGGAAGCAGGGAGCAGGACAACCCAGCUACACUCUGAAAACCCUCUCAAGAAAGCCAGCUCAGGAAGACGGCAGUAACUCCUGUCAGACAAAGUCUUGCCUGACAUACUCCAGGGCCUUGCUACAGAGAUCCCAGAGUGCCUCCCACUCAUCUCAGAAGAAAACCAAACAAGAUCGGGGUAAGCAGCCUCUAAGGAGGGCCGUCAGUGCAGCUGACCCCUGCACCACGGCCACAGUCGUGGACACCUGUUUGAGCGGCUCUCUGAAAAUUUGUCACCCUCACAACACUCCCCAUGCAGGCUGGGACGACCACCGCCCCUACUGCGCUGAGUCCUCUAGGUCAGACAAGUCAUCGCCCUCCAAAUGCAUGGACAGAAACAUGGAGAAUGGCACUGACUAUGGGUUCUUGGUGCGUCAGAACUCUGAACUGUUGCGAGCCCUCGAUGAGCUGGAGAAGACUUGUACCACACUGAGGGAGGAGAAUGGCUUGCUGCGGAAGAGCAGCGCCCCAGAGACGGAGGAGAAGGUCAGGCGGCUGAGGAGAAAGAACACAGAGCUGGCUGUUCUCGCUAAAAGGCUGGAAGAGAGGGCUCGAAAACUGCAGGAGGCCAACCUCAGAGUGGUGAAUUCCCCGUCACUGAUGAGACCCGGGUCAGUGGAACAGUACAAGAGGGCAUUUGCCCGCCAGCGAGCUCGUGACCUUGCCCAGCACGCUGAUGCACUGCUGUCUAAGGACAAAGAGAUAGCUGCCUUACAGCAAGAAUGCAGAGAGCUGGAGGCACGGCUGGGCACCACUAAGGGCUCCCCUGUUCCAUCUGGCAGAGUGGAAUUUGAGAGGCUUCUCAGGGAGUCUCAGAGGGAGGUGCUGCGGCUCCAGAGGCAGCUGUCGGUCACAUCAUCCAGACAGCAGCACAACCACAGUUACGACCCCAUUGGCCUAGGGAAGUGUGGGGAAAUUCAAGAGGUGGAGGAGGAGGAAGAGGGGGAAGAGAAGGUUGUAGGAGAGACCCCGUGUGUGGUAUUAGAUGAAGCUCCAUCCAGGUGUGAGAAGACUCCCGGAGAGGAGGAGGAGUCGGGGCUGCGAGUAACGCCCCACCCGGGCCUUAGCCCGACCCCCUCCCAUCAGGAGGACCACACAGAGGAGCAGCACCUACAGUUUCUGGAAAGCGAGCUGAGCAAGAAGAGAAAAGAAUGUGAAAACCUUGAGCAUGAAGUAAAGAAGCGGCAGAAGAGAUGUCUGGAUUUGGAGAGCCAGCUUGAGGAUGAGCGAGGCAAAAAUGAGCAACUAAAGGAGGAGGCAGAUCUCCUCAGGAGGAAGGCACAGCUGCUCGACCAGACUCGGGCUGAGAAUGAGGAGCUGAGGGAAGAUCUCUCUGAAGUGACCGCUCAACACAAUUCAGUUCUCGAGGAGAACCAGAGACUCCGUGCCAAACUGGAGAACCUAGAGCAGGUCCUAAAGCAUAUGCGAGAGGUCGCCGAGCGAAGGCAGCAGCUGGAAUUGGAACAUGAGCAGGCACUGGCUAUCCUUAAGUUCAAACAGGAUGAAAUCAAACGGUUACAGCGGGCUCAGUUAUACGCCAAGAGGGAGCAUGAAGGAGUGGUUCAGAUGCUGGAGAGUACACUGGACUGCAUGCAGUCAAAAGUACGAGAGCUGGAGGACAAAUGUCGCAGCCAGAGCGAACAGUUUGGCCUGCUGUCCCAGGAGUUGGAGAAGUUUCGAUUGCAGGCCUCGAAGGUGGACGUGGCUGGCUCUAGCCUCCUCACCAACCCCGGCCUCUCAGUUCUGACCAAUGGGGUGGGCCUGACUACAGAGCGAGACUGCACUGGUGGCUCAUGGGAUAUGGUGUCCCUGGGUGAAAUAGCCUUCUGGAGUCUCGAGGGAGGUGACACUCUCUCCUGCCCUGAGGAUGUGGCUGCUGCACUGCGGCUCGGGGCCACCCCCCACGCUGCAGGGCUGUCCAGGGUGGAGCGCUCGCCCGUCACCAAGCAUCGAGAGCUGCCCACCAUCAGUGUCAGCAAGUCAGGCUCUUCCUCCAGCAAGUCAGAGACCACACACCUCACCCCCAAGUCUGACACCCACCUCAGUCCACACAAGUCAAGUCCAACACACGAGGUGGACACUGCCAGUGAAGUGGAGGAGCUGGAUAUUGAUGUAGCCCCAGCUCCUUACACAGCCAGCAGAGGAGCAGCAAAGCUUCAGGUUUUCAUUGCCAGAUACAGCUAUAAUCCGUAUGAUGGCCCCAAUGACAACCCUGAAGUGGAGCUUCCACUCACUGCUGGAGAAUACAUCUACGUGUAUGGAGACAUGGAUGAUGAUGGCUUCUAUGAAGGUGAGCUGAUGGAUGGACGGAGAGGGCUGGUCCCCUCUAACUUUGUGGAACGUGUAUCGGAUGACGAUGUCAUGAGCACACACCAUCCAGAGACGGGGGACAUGUCCCAUAACUCCUUGCUAGACAGCAGCCUGCACAGUGCCAGCCACCAGCAUCACCUCCACGUGGGCGUCAGCGCCUCGGAAAGGACCGAGGUGUCUGCCGCCUUCGGCCCUGCCUCAGCCCCCUCAGAUUCAGCAUCGGCCUUGGCUGUCCCAGCCCCCCUCACCAACGGCCUGGACUUGGAUUUGGAGGAGGUGGGAGUGGACAUUGUGCCUUACCCACGUAAGCUCACCCUCAUCAAGCAGCUUGCCAAGAGCAUCAUCAUCGGCUGGGACCCUCCGUUGGUGCCGGCUGGGUGGGGCAAUGUGUGGAGUUAUAAUGUGUAUGUGGACCAGGAGCUGCGGCUCAAUGUGCCCUUCGGUGCCCAAACCAAAGCGGUGCUGGAGCGGCUGGACAUAAACCUCAAGGCCUACCGUGUGUCAGUGCAAAGCCUGACAGAAAAGGGCCCCUCAGACCAGCUGCGUUGCAGCAUGCUGGUCGGUCGGGACGUUUGUGUGGCGCCCACGCAACUGCGUGUGGAGAGGAUCACCGCCACCUCUGCCAACCUGACCUGGCUGCCCAGCAACAGUAACUAUGUGCACAUUGUGUCCUUGAAUGAGGAGGAGUGUGAGCUGGUGAAGGCUGGCUGCUGCUCGCUGUGCCUCAAUAACCUCCUGCCCAGCCUGCAGUACACGGUCAAAGUGGAGGCACGGCCACACCGCACGCCAUGGGAGUUACCUGUGGAGCGGCGUGAACACAGAAGCGCUACCAUCACCUUCACUACACUGAUGGCAGGUCCCCCUGAUGCUCCUCUGGAUGUCCAGCUGGAGCAUGGCCCCUCCCCGGGCAUUGCCCUCAUCAGCUGGCUGCCAGUCACUAUAGAUGCUGCCGGGACCUCCAAUGGAGUCCGUGUCACUGGAUACACUAUUUAUGCUGACAAGAAAAAGGUGCUGGAGGUGUCUUCCCCAACAGCCGGCAGUGCCCUGCUGGGCCCCUCUCAGAUGCAGUCCUUGCUGGCAGCUCAGGAGCUCACUGUCCGCACCAUGUCCGCCCAUGGGGAGUCCUGUGAUUCUUUACCAGUCAAUGUGCCCUCCAAGCUGGCUGCCAUCAUGGCAGGUCCAGCUGUCGCCGCCCCAGUUGUGCCACCCCUACCCUGCAACCCUACGGGUUCCAGUAACCUGCCCUCUCCCCAGUCCUACGGGAACUCUGCUGCCAAAGUCUCCAUGCUGCCCAGCCCUUUGCCACCAGACACAAACAUCACUGGCCUCACAGUGGAGGCUGCUGCCAACUCCCCUCACGCUCUCCACCCAGAAGGUCUUCUCUUAACUACUUCAUAUGUGAACGCUUGGGCCAACCCCUGUUCUGCUGCUGCCUUGGCUGUAUGUGAGGCCACAUUACCAGUUGCCUCCACCAUUACUCCAGUGGUUAAUGUGACCUCCCCCCCAACCGCAUCACCUCAACCAUCGCCUGUAGCAGCACCAGCACCAGCACAGUCACCGGUAACAGCAGCAGCAGCAGCAGUGUUGGAGCAGCGCAGAGACACCGACAGCCCUGGAACGAUACGUCCUUUCCCAUCUCUCACAGAGUUCAUCGAGGACUCCAGUGCCAAGCUCGGGACCCCUGAGCGCAUCCCUACCCCACCCAAAGCCCCGAUCGCAGACUUCCUUAACCCUCAGGACAUUAACCUCCACCGACCCCCCAGCAUCUCACCGCUGGAGUCAGAGGCAGAGGAGGAGCUGGAGAAUACCCGCUUGGUGUCCAUCGAAGAGUUCUUGAGACAGGACCAAGAGCCAGCGUACUGCAUGAAGCAGCAGAGUCACAACAGAGGGCUUGUGGAGCCUCCCAGUGAUUACCACGCAGACAACAGCCGUUCAGAUCUGUCUGACAUCCUGGAGGAGGAGGAGGAGGACCUUUAUUCAGACCACCUGGGAGAAGCACAGGCCAGGGGCUACACAGUCACAGCUAACAGGUCACGCAAGUUGGAGACUCCAGACAGUGAUGAGGAGGUUCUUGAGAGGAUCCUCAAGUUGCCUGCUCAGGUCCAACACAACACGCAGCUGUUCAGCAUCCCUGAGGUGACAGAAGAGGAAGAUAGCAGUCAAGAAGAGCUUUUAACCCACCGCAGUCACCCUCGGCCCAGGCCCAGCCACCUUCGCCACAGAGACUCAGAACGCCUCCACCAUGCCCCCCAGCAUCACCCCAACCCACAUCCACACCCAAACGUUCCCCCACACCAUCACCACUUCAACAGGGAUCCUAGUUCACUAACCAAAGAGCCUUUACUCAGGCACGGAUCCUCGCAGGUCAAACCUAAGACGCAGCACAGGGUGCACUACGCAGACACGGUGGACACCAUCAGUUAUCCUGAAGAAGAGGACCUGUGUUUAUAUCCGGGUCCCACCAGCAAGCGGGUCUCAGCCCGCUGUCCUUCCCAGCUGACCCCCACCAGCAAAGCACUGCUCAGAGGGCUAGGGGACCGCCUUAGGAGGGAGGCCAUGCUCAGGAGUCAGAUGGCUGUCGCCGCAGCAGCCAACCCCGGCUAUGGUCUUACCCCGCCAAGACCCUACCCAGCCAGCAAAACAGUACACACUGUGAGGUCACAGAUUGGUCGCGGGGUGGAGAUUGACGUGGAGUAUGGCACGGAUGACAAUGAGGAGCCUGUGGAAUACAGUCCGGGGGAGGUGGUGCUGGAGCAGAUGAGCUCUGAGUGGUGGGUGGAGGGGGCUCAGAUGGAGCACAGCAGACCUCAUCACCGCCGAGGGCUGAAGGCCGAUCCGCUGGUAAACAUUGCUGCAGGCCAACUGCAAUGGGAGCCCGGCCAAAUCCCUCCAGCUGAGGCCGGCCCAUCAUGGGGAGCGCAGGCUGAGCUCUCUUCUAAACCAGCGUGCUCACAGGCCAGGCAACUCAAAGGUGUUGAUUCACCAAAGAUGAAAGGAGAGAGUGACAUACGGAUCUUUGUGGCCCUCUUCCCUUAUGAUCCCGCCACUAUGUCGCCUAAUCCUGAUGCUGCUGAGGAGGAGCUGCCCUUCACUGAAGGACAGAUCAUCAAAGUUUACGGAGAUAAGGACGCAGACGGGUUCUACCGAGGAGAGUGUGGUGGUCAUCUGGGCUACGUGCCGUGCAACAUGGUGUCUGAGAUCCAGGUGGAGGAUGAGGAGACCCGGCAGCAGCUCCUGCAGCAGGGCUUCUUGUCCACAGCGGCCUCCAUGGAGAAGAUAGGCACUCGCACACACGCACAGCUUCCACGUCGCCCUGUUCCACCGCCGAAACCGAGACGAUCCAAGAAAGUGGAGUCUGCGGCACUUUGGGAGGAGAGCGUAGACUCCUCCAGCCAAGAUCCCAGCCAGACUGCCCCUGCUGCUGCAGCCGUGGGGAACCCAGCCCCAGGAGCUCGCAGGAUGGUCGCCAUCUUUGAUUAUGAUCCACGAGAGAGCUCCCCCAACACUGACAUAGAGGCUGAGCUGACCUUCAGCGCAGGAGACAUCAUACAUGUGUUUGGUGACAUGGACGAAGACGGCUUCUUCUACGGAGAUUUGAAUGGACACACCGGCUUAGUGCCCUCCAACUUCCUGCAGGUUGUACCAGAGGAUGCUCCAGCCCAGCACCACGCUGCUCAGUCUGCACCAGAGCCCAAGAAGGAAUCACAGGGUACCUGGACGUCUUCUACAGAGACACAAGAUCCCUCCACCCUAGAAGAGGCUUUGCACCCUCAAACAGAACCUCCCGUCCCCGACCCAACAGAGCACACGGAGCUGCGACCCAAACUGGAAACCACUGCAGGCCUCACAUCAGACCUGGACCUAGCUCCAGCUCCAGCUCCAGCUCCAGCUUUGGGUCCAGCUCCAGCUCUAGCAGCAGCGGAGGCCUGCUGCUCCCGUCCAGCCCCUCUUGCAGCCGACCCCCCGACACUGACAGACUGCUCUGCACAAGGCAAGAAGAAGAAAGGCUUUUUCUCCAAAGGCAAGAAGCUGUUCAAAAAGCUGGGAUCCAGCAAAAAAGAAUGAGAGUCAGGACGUCUGACUCAGAAUACUUGCAUCACAUUGAAAGCACUUUUUCUAACUCCACUGUUAGUCUCAGUUGGUUAGCGGCCAUCAGAUCUAAUAACAGUAAUUAUACAUUUGCCUUAGAGCACUGCUAGCAGCCGUUAAAUUUAGAGCACAUCAACACACCGCUUACAGCAUUACACCGGCAUGUAGAAGCGCAUGUCGAAGUGUGCAAAUAUACUCUCUGAAUACUACCUAAUUAAUCUAAGCAUUUGCAAACUUUCAACUCAGUAGAAGCUUUAAUGCUCGAUGUUAAACAGUUAUCUCUCGAUGGAUUGGAUCUGUCUGAACAGCAGACGAGACUUUAGCCCGGUUCAGACACAGCUAAUGAAAUAUUAGCUUUAAUGUUCAUAUUCUGGUGCCACUUUAUUUAUUUGAAGCAAGCGAACAGAAGCAGCAGUCUUUCUCUUCCUCUGUGUGACUGUAAAGAAUGCACUAUUUUAAGUAUCUGUCUGCUCGUCCCUCACGUGUCUCUUGUCUCUAAGAGUAUUUAUACUUUGUACAGAAUAUGUUAUUUAUUUGCAUCAGACUCCUGCUCUCACCAUCACCACAUUGCAUGACGUGACAUCAGGGCAGGAGGUUAGUCAUAUGAUAGGUGUAGUUUAGAUUUAAAUAGUUUUGGGGAUUUGACGUUGAACAGCUGAGACUGUUAAAUGAAGCUGAACAUACUGUAAAGAAUGUGAAGGUGUGUGUGUGGGCGUGUGUGUGUGUGUGUGUGUGUGUGUGUGUGUGUGUGUGUGUAGACAAAGCAGUCCAGUCCACUGGUGAGACUGGGAACAGAUGCCUUUCUCAGACGUUAACACAGGAACUCUUGAUGUUUGUGACAGCAGUCACAACUGGCCUAAAUGUUGCAUACUACAUAUUUUCUGUGUGUGUGUGUGUGUGUGUGUGUGUGUGUGUGUGAGUGUGUGAGAGAGAGAGAGAGAGACCUGCAGUGUGUAGUAUCUGGGGAUCAGCAGGCUGCUCUGUUAGCUGAUAGGGCUGCAACUAGUGGUUAUUAUUUAAUCACUGUUGAUUAAUCUUUUGAUCAUUUUUUCGAUUAAUCAAUGAAUCAUCUGGUCUAUAAAACAUCCAGAAAAGGUUAAAAAAGCCUGUCACAGUUUCCUACAGUCCAAUGUGAUGUCAUGAAAUGUCUUGAUUUAUCCAACCAACUGUUCAAAACCCAAAUAUAUUUAAUUUACUACCAUGUAAGACGAAGAAAAAGUGAUUUUGUUUUAAAGAAUUUAUGAUUAUGUUAAUUUCUCAAGAUAAAAAGUUAAUUUUUCCGGAAUCUAGAGAAAAUGAUAUGUAUUUUUUUCUUCAUGAGAACCCGCUAUCAUGAGAAAAUAAAAGGUAGUUUCCUCUUAUGACUUAAAAUGUUUAUCAGGGAUGAGUAGCGCCAUGGCAGCAUGCACAGAUGGCAUCUUGACGACCGUAGCAGCUGAUUUAAGGUGUAACUGUCACAUCAAGAGAACCCGUUAUUGAUCACAUUCAUGCCUCGCCUUGACAGUCAUGACAGUGAUCUUGAAGACGGUGUCAUCAAAUGAAUCGGACGCUCAUUUUAGAGUUCUCCAUAAUUAAAAUCUCCAUAAUUAUUAUCUCAAGAAAUUUGUUUUGAAGUUUUGUUUUCUUCAGAAUCAACAUAAAUGUAAUUGUUAUCUUGAGAUAUAAUUUGGAAAAAUUAACUUGUGAUUUUGAGAACACGUCCCUUCUCAGCUUCCAUAGCUGUUCACAUGGUUGCUGAUCGAUUUUCUCUCUAUGAUUUCCAGUGGUUUUAACAGUCUGUAAGUGUGAGCAAUAAGAGUCACGUUGAUGGGAAAUACGGAAGGAAAUCUAUGGAGCAACAUAAAAAUGGUUUAUAUUAACAGAUUUUGUCACUCCUUAUAAGAGUAGGGCAUGACUACAUUUCCCAUGAUUUUAGGGACUUUAGGAGAUGUAAGCAUGAAGUGCAGUGUUGCCAUGUGAGUGAGUUAGCAACAACUUCAGCCCCAUUUCUUCUUCCUAUAUUUGUGUGGCACCACACAAAGUAGGGCUAUAUUGGCAAGAAUCUGGCUAUAUGAAACGUUUCAAGAAACAGGGGUGACAAUUAAAUAUAUUGCAGGGGUUUUCUUUUUGAUUUAACUUCAGAAAAACUGACAUAGUAUAAAGACCACACCAGUAUGUGCAUACAAAGGUUUGCUUAUUUUAUGAAAUCAGAACAGAGGGAUCUGUAUUUGUAUUCUUUGCAGCCCCUGUAAUAUUUAACAUUAUGGGGCCACGUUUUGUUCAGCCUGAGCAAACAUUUAACAUUAGUCCACAUCAGUAAAAAAAUAAAUCAGAGUGCUUGCAGGAUUCUUUAGGUAAACAGAUUAAGAAAAUAAAGAAAUGUAAAAAAAUUAAAAAUCUAUAACUGUUUUUGAGAAUCGAUACAGUAGCACAAAACGUGAUAUUGUGAUGCUGCAGAAUGUUCUAUUGGCACUUCCUGUUGGCAGUGUUGCCACGGAUGUACAGAUGUUUACCACUGAAUUAAUUUGAUACUGAGAAAACUUAAAGACGUGAUGAUUCUGAGGCAAGUUUGGAGUUCAUUUUUCUGUCAUGUCCAAGGGACAGUUUGAAAACCUCUCGACUAACUGAUUAAUCGACCAGCUGUUGCAGCUCUAUUCAAUUACCAGUCCGCAACACUUAAAAAUGUUCUCGUUUAACUUGAUGUCCAGAGUGAAGCAGAGUCAGUCGUGCUGGUUACAUUAAUAACAUACAGUAUUUAAGCCGUUGGGAUUCAUUCUGGUUUGAAUGUAGCGUGUAGGAACACUAACUAGAGCUGCAUUUAAAGUUUCUGGCACUGGUGGUUUGUGGCGCUAAUGUACUGUUACAGACUGCAAUAAGAUGUUUGUGUAUCUUUUCUUUUGCCUCCAUGUUUGAGUGUAACGACGUUCAUCAUGUGGUGUGUGAAUAUUGGGUCAGACAGGCUAAAUAGUGUCUAUCGAUUAGUUUUUUGUGUCCACACAUUUGCAUCAUCAAAACGUAGACUGUUUAAAGCUGAAUAAUACAACUUUAGCAAUAUUGUGUACUGCAAUACUAGAAGAAAAACACAACCCCUCUGUCUCGUCUCAUGGUUUGUGGCGCUGCAUCAACAUGUAGUGUUCAGUUACGGUGUGAGUGUGUGGACCAGGCCUUAGGAUUGAGCUUGUUAGUCAGUAACAACACAUUCUGAUUGGAUCUGUUCUCUGUGCGACACGGGGCUGUUAGGUAAACUUCUCAGGUUUCUACUUGUAGUUUCUUGCCACCCGUUGACUCUGGCUGUCAAAAACUGCAGAAUAUGCCAAAAUCUUAGGUGCUUUGCCUGUAACCAUAGCGACGAGAGACCAAGCAUCCAGCAGCAGCAGCAGCAGCGUGGGGACAUUCAGUGGGCUGGUGUGGGUUUGUUUUAAACAUCAGAGCUGACCUGAUGAAGUCACACCUGAUGACACAAGUCGGAGGCAAUUCUCUUUUUUUUUUUACGUUAAAGGGAUUGUUUAGAUUUUUUUUAAAGUGGGGUUGUUUGAGGUAGUUAUCCAUCAUCAGUGUAUUUCCUACAGUAGAUGGCGGUCAGCGUGUCCUCACUUUGGAAAAGCAGGCAGGGGGAACCGCCUUGGACGCUCUGCAGUCUACUUCUGUGGACGAGAGCAGCAGCACCUAAAGACAUCAAUAUCAGUUUAGGUGGUGGAUGCUAAAUUUAGAAUAUUCGCUCCGCUUUACCUUUCUGUCAGACAGCCUUUUCUGACAGGGAGCUGAAGCUGUUAUGACAAUCUCUUCAAAGCCACCAGACUCUUUUGACAGAAAUCGUAAUUUUACCUCACAGAACACUUUUAUAAUAUAACGAGCGAUAUAACGGCUUCAGGUCCCCGUCUGAAAGGGCUGUAUGACAUCAAGGUAAAGAGGUGAAAACACUGUAAAUAUAGCGCACACUUAAACAGAUAGUGAUAUUUUAAGGUGUCUAAAAUACAUUUUGCUGCUGCCCUCAUCCACAGCAGUACACUGCUCAGCUUCUGUGUCAGUAUUCCUGUCUGCUUCUCCAAACUGGGGGCGUGCCAGCUGCCAUCUACUGUAGGUAAUACACUGACUAUGGAUCAGCACCUCAUAUGACCCCACUUAUAAAAAUCCGAACUGUCCCCUCAAUGUUGUGAAUGUUUCUUCAGUGUUACAUAAAGGGAGCAUGAUGAUGCCAAGAAAAAAUAGACACUUUAGAUGUAAAAUAGCCGGGAUAGAGGCAAGACUGAGGCUGUACUGUAUGUUUUAUUUAUGUUUUUUAUUUUUUUGUUUGUCUGUUUUUUUAAAAAGGGGGUUGGAUGCUCAAAAGUUGCCGAAAUGUACAGCGAAUAUUUGUACUGAUCUUGUUUUUGACGGCCUUUAAUGCACAAGUAUUCCUCGACCUGCUGUGUAGUGAGUAGGCGGCUCCGCUGUUGACUGAAUAGACCCAUGUAGGUAGUGUUUUAGCUCAGUUGAUCCAUAUUUAGCCUUACAAGAAGACCUUGUUUAGUCUUAAUAUGUUGUUUACAGGAUGUUUAUCGACUGCAUGCAUACCAAUGUUAUACCCAUGUUCGGCCUUAUUUAUGUUACUGUCAUAUUUAUGUUUUUCUAGGCAGACUCGUCUACAAUAUUGUAGAUUGUCAAUGCAGUGGACAGGAAGCUGUAGGAGAGGUGUGUGUGUAUAUAAUGAACAGUGUUGUGGCAUAUUUUCAUACAGCGCAGGAAUUUUUUUUUUUUUUUUUUGUCUUUCCUGACCUGCAUUCAUUGUUUGAAAGUGGAAGAUUUACCUUUUUAUAUAUUAAUGUUUUUAUUACCCUUUUGGCAUCUGUAAAUAUUUUUGUUAAUAUUGUUUUUCAGAUUUUUUUUGCAUGCGCAGGCAUUGUGGAUGGAGGAACUGUAACUGAGGAUGUAGUACACAGAGGACUUGAAAUUGUGAUCUUUCAAUAUGGAUCUUUUUACAGGAAUAAAGUAUGUAUAUUUUCACAGAAAA